UCCCCCAAAAUAGCGAUACCACACCCCCACACUCUGAUUGAGCACCCCACAUACACACACGCAGAAUUCAGAAACCCAAUCGCCCACCCAAUACUACCCAUCAAACUCUUGAAAACCACAUCCCCCCUCUUACCUCUUACCUCUUACCCCUUACUUUCAGCGCUUUGCGCCACCUCUCUUUUUUCAAGGUGAUCAAGACUUCAUUCAACACUUACCCCCAAAAACAAAACCAAAAGCAUGUGAAGACAAAUUGCACCGAAACUAGUCCCCACCACACCAAGUAAUUUGAUGCUUUAAGUAUCUCUCAUUUCUAUUACCUCUAUUUCUCACUUGUGUGCUCUCAACACAUAACACAAAACACUCCUUUUUCCCCCUCUUCCCCUGUUUCUCUUACCAAAUGAUGAAAUGACUCUGUAUUCGUCAUUACUUUUGUUCUCUUCCAAUUCCAACCACUACUACUCUCUGGCCAAUGCUUCCCUUCUAAGCCUAAUCUCACAUACCUUUCUUUUCUUCACACUUCACUUCACUUACACCAUAAUUGAAUUUGAUUCUCUGUCUCUUGAACAACACAAAUGGCUGAUGCGAAUGCAGCGAUGUUCAUUGCCUUCCUGGAAGAGUGGAUGAUUCGCCAAAGAAACUACCACCAAGAGCUUCUGGCUGCGCAGGAAAACCGUCAUCGACUUCGAGAUUCCGAUAAGAGGGAAGUCAUAAACAGAGUACUCUGCCACUACGAGGAAUACUUCGAAGAGAAGUCAAAAAUUGCCCAACGCGAUAUCUUCCUAGUGUUCUCGCCACCGUGGUUCAGUUCCUUGGAGAAGUCGUUCCUAUGGAUCGCCGGGUUCAAGCCAGGAAAAGCAUUCCACCUCGUGAACCAGGCGGUACGCGACUUGACUAACGAACAACGGCGCAGGCUGAGCCAGCUCAGCAUGGAGACGAGGAUGAAGGAGAGAGACCUCAACGACGAGCUGGCCAAGGCUCACGAGAGCCUCGCAAGCCCGCCGCUCGUUGAUACGGUGAGAACCCAUGGCAGGGCGUGUCUGAGUCGCACGAGGUCCACGGAGGCCCGAGAAUUAGAAAGAGAAGCAGAUGAAGGUCCUCCAAGCGAGCUUCGUGCGGCAAUGGAGAGCGUUGUGGCAAGUGCGGAUGAAUUGAGGACAAAUACGGCAUUGAAUGUACUGCAGAUAUUGAGGGCAGAUCAGGCGGUUACUUUCUUGACAGCUGUUGCUGAGCUUCAGCUUAAGAUCAGGUCCUUGGGGUUUGAGAAGGAUGCACAAACUGCAGCUGCUCAAAAUCAUUGAAAUCAUAUAAAAUAUCUUGAAAAAAAUAAUUAGAAUUUUGGGUGAGCUGUUCGUUGUUUACCGCUGGGCCA